AUGCCUCAAUACAAAUCAUCACCAGCCGCUUUGAUAUCAAUCCCGGUCUCGCCAUUGACCCCAGCAGCGUUUGCUCCAUUCGGCACCAUCAUCGAGAAUCCAAGAUCUGCUCCAACAUCCGCAACAGUAAACCAAGGCACUGCCGAAAAGUACCCAGAAAUCUCACCGUUCAUUUCAUACGCAGCACCUUCUGGGAAGAGUGCAUCGGGUCGUCUCAACCUUUUCGUUUGUAAUCCUCGAAAACUUGGCGACAAUGGCCGGACUUUUACAGUACAUAUCCUUGAACGUCAUCCAUAUACGACACAGACAUUCAUACCUAUAGGGCUGGAUAAAAGCGAUCCUGCAAGGAAAUACCUGGUCAUUGUUGCUCCUACGCUUGAUCUUGCAUCUGAUGGAGUAAAGCAUGCAUCAAGGCCACCUCCGUAUCCCUUGAAAGAGAAGAAGAGGGUUGGGAUUAGAGGCUCACCUCCAUAUCCGGUACCACCCCACGGAACUGUUGAUACACCGGAGACAGAGGAUUCUACUCUUGACACUUCAGGGACGGUUAAACCGAAGGGACGAGGGCUGCCGGAUUUGAGCAAUAUCCGGGCGUUUAUGUGUCGCGGAGAUCAGGCAGUCACAUAUGGCGUUGGAACAUGGCACGCACCUAUGGUUGUUCUCGGCGAGGGACCAAUUGAAUUCGUUGUCGUUAUGCAUGAGAAUGGAGUCCCCGUAGAGGAUUGCGAGGAAUGCGAGAUUGAAGGUGGGAGGGUUAAAGUCGAGAUCGGAGACCAAGGACAGAUAAAGGCAAAGCUUUGA